GCAUAUUCCCAGAGCGCCCCCACCUCGCUGAAGCGUGCACCGCUGACGUCAUCUCUGGGCGACCGGCUGCCAGUAAGAUCACCAGGAGGCGGUAUCAGGCUUCUUUGGAAGACUUCCCUGAAGUUGCUGUUGAUAUAUGUUUUUAGCCCGAUCAUUCACAAGGAUGGCUAGCAACGGCACAGUACUGAACAGGUUGGAGCAGAGAGCUUCAGAGGCUGAUCAAGUUAUCGAAUACCUCAAACAGCAAGUUGCACUCCUCAAGGAGAAAGCAAUUUUGCAGGCAUCUCUACGAGAGGAGAAAAAGCUUCGUGUAGAAAAUGCCAAGCUGAAGAAGGAGGUUGAGUCUCUAAAAGAGCAACUUGUAAAAGAAGAGAUAAAAAAUGGAGUGAAACAAGUUGGGAUUCCAGAAAGUGUGUCUGCUCAAUCCAGUUGUGGUUCCUCUGAGCCAGCAACCGUGAAACCUUCCUCGCCAGCCCCUGUGAAACCGUCCCCGCCAGCCCAGGGAUCUUCUUCGCCAGCGCCAAAAGCUGGAGGAGAAGAGAAAAAGAAAAAGGAAAAGCCUGAAAAGAAAGGUGAAAAGAAAGAAAAGAAAACGGUUGCAGCUGAUGAAGAGAAACCAGUGGACGUCUCCCGUCUUGACCUACGAGUUGGCUGCAUCAUCUCUGCCAAAAAGCACCCUGAUGCCGAUUCCCUGUAUGUUGAAGAGGUGGAUGUAGGAGAAGCCACACCAAGAACUGUUGUCAGUGGGCUUGUGAAACAUAUUCCUCUUGAACAGAUGCAGAAUCGUAUGGCAGUGCUCCUCUGUAACUUGAAACCUGCUAAGAUGAGGGGCAUCCUUUCCCAAGCCAUGGUCAUGUGUGCCAGCUCUCCAGACAAAGUGGAAAUCCUAGAUCCUCCCAGUGGAGCAGUUCCUGGAGAUAGAAUCACCUUCCAGGGUUUCCCAGGAGAACCUGAUAAGGAGUUAAAUCCCAAGAAGAAGACAUGGGAGCAGAUACAGCCCGAUCUCCUCACCAGUGAGCAGUGUGUGGCAACAUACAAAGGAGUACCAUUUGAAGUGAAUGGAAAAGGUGUAUGCAAAGCCCAGACCAUGACCAAAAGCAGUAUUAAAUAAACAAUGACUAACAAGAUGACGGCAUUCAGAUACUGUCCUGUUGAGCUGCCAAGUACAAUAAAGACAAUUAACUAGUUUAUUACUGCCUUA